UUUGUGUGUGGGUGGAGAACUUUUAUCUGUCUUGACGGCUUAUAAGAUUAUUCACUGAUCUUACGACAAAGAGCACAACAUAGUGAUUAGUGAGAAGAGAGAAAGAGAGAUGGAAAAGAAUGGUUCUUCAAAAUUGGUUCAUGUGCUCAUGCUUCUCCUUCUUCUUAGCUUCAUCUUUCAGCAUACCGAAUCAGCUUUGCCUGCUGAUCAUGGACAACUCUCAGUAACUGGGAGAAGCAUCUUGGCGUAUUAUAAGCACGAUGGUGCCAUAGGAACACCAUCGUCAAGAAGUAGACGUGGUGGUGGUCACGGGAGGAGACUGAUGAGUACAUAUAAGCCAAAUGGAGACAUUUAUACAAGACCGUCGAGCAGUGGACAUGGUGGUGGUCACAUUCAUCAACACUCUUCUCCUUAGAUUUUUGAACAGUCUUCAAAAUUGGAAACAUAUCUUUUACGGGAUUGUUGAUUCGUCUCAAAGGGUGAAGAGAAUGUUGUAAUCUUAUUCAUACUCAUAAGAACGUAUUUAUAUACAAGCAUAAGAAAACCUAAAUACAAACUAUGUAAUAUUGACAUAGUAUUUACAGAUACAUUAUCGAAUACAUUUUACUUCUUUU